AUGCCUUUCACAAUCGGUUCUAUGGCUGAAGAACAAUGGAACUUUUCGUCGUCUCAAUGGCUUGGACUCAUGAUAACAGGAGCAGCAGCAGCAGCAGUGUCCUUUAUAUCCAAUGGCUGUGUGCUGAUAUUGCAUGCAUUCAUGACCUGGUAUCGUCCAGUCGUCGUCAAUCGAUUAUCACUGCGCAUGAUUGUUGUUUCCGUCGUAUUCAACAUGGUGUAUUGCGCAUGCCAACUCGUCACCGACGAUAUCUCUAAUCAAUCCAGCGCAUGUCGAGCCAUUGCCUAUGUGAUGAUUGCGGCAGAUACCAUGGCUUGCAUGUGUCUGGCCAUGAUCGGCUUGAAUCUGGUCAUGAUAUUCGUGCUCAAGGUGUCACGAUCCAUCAAGAUUGAGAUCCUGUACUAUCUGAUUGUGCUGGCAUCCGGCGUCACUGUGUGUCUGGUACCAAUCUACCUGGGUUCACCCAAAGGUCCCAAAGACAAACAAGAAAAAGCGUCGUGCUGGUAUCACUAUUACUUUAACGGUCGCAUCCAUAACAUAUUCAACUGGAUGUGGUACUAUGCUUGGCUGCUCUUUUCUUCUGUAUUCGCAGCUCUCUGUGCUGCCAUCUCGAUUCGGUUUGUGGUCAAGAAGCAAGAGAACUUUAACGGUGCACUCGACAUGUUUACCAAGCGGAACCAAAAAGACCUGCACACCAUGGCCGUCAUCAAGCGAUACGCCGCAGACAACACGGACGUAUUCCAGAAAAUCGCCAGGCGAUGUAUCUGCUAUCCCAUAGUACCAUUGAUAUCCAAGUCGUGGGGUGUUGGCAUUGAGAUUGCAGCUACUCAACAGGCCCCUGUCCCGUACGCAAUUUAUGUCAUUGACCGUGCCUUUUCCUGCUUACUAGGGUUCAUGAUAAGUUGCAUUUAUUUCACAGACCCUGCCAUCAGAGCAGUGGUCAAAGAGUCCAUUCAUAAACUCAAGCAGCGCUAUGUGUACGACUAUUUCAGCAUCAAAUACCUGCCAGGAAAAGAUCCAGAUGUCCAAGCUGCAUCACAAUACCCCAAGAUACUCAAAAUUGUGCCUGUUACUGAUGAUAUAGACCGCACACCGGAAUACGUACAAGAGGUGAGAAAUCGAUACUUUAGUCAGGACUUGGAGGUACACAGACAGGAAGACGAUACAGUACGCAUAGAGGGGUUCAUGCUGGAUCCGCUGGAUCACCACACUAUUGACCCCACCCAGUUCCACUCAAGACCGCCAUCGCACAAGCCAGAUGUGCCUACCAUCACCAUUCAAACAGCACACCACACAUCCGACAGGGAGACGUCUCCAGAUGAACGACAGUACAGUGUAUUGAAUGCGACAUCUGUCAAUGGCAAUACAUACACGCCGAAUGAAGAGGCUGAUGUCACCGAUUCCAAGCGUCGACACUCCACAACCAGAGGAAAGACAAUCCCCAUGCACCGAGUCGACAAUACGAUUGAUUUAGGCGUCAAUAUGAACCGAAAGGGCCAAUACAGCAACCACCAGCACAGGUAUCUAAAGUACACAGAAAAGGUAGAGACACUUGUGCCAUACAAGUUUCCUUUCAUGGCAAGAAUGAUACAUUGGGUGCUUGUCAACCUAUUCAGAGUCAAGGAAGCAAAAGCACAUCGUCAUGACUGGAACGACGAUGACAGCAAUGAUGAUGAUUUCUGUGUAAAGUCAAGUAGACAUCAAGAUGGCCCAAGCAGAAUGUUCCGCGAUUAUACAGAAAGCUCGGAUCCAGAGUCGCCCAAGCAGGUGCGCAGAAAUGACUCUAUCAUUUUCUCUCCAGACUUUGAAUUGAAGGGUGUUCCGCCCUUGCCCAAAAGACCGCCACUCUACACGCAGCAGCGCGAUACGGGCUCCACAUCGUCCAUGAAUGCAAGCAGAUCACAAGCAGAGGGCUCAUCAACAACCGAUAUGACAAGAAGGAGAUCGAUGUCUGACAUGCUAUUCCCUCGCAGCGGAAGUGUUACAAGGUACACUAAAAGUCUGAAAGAAAGAAGCGAAUCUCCCAAGUUUCCAUUGCGAAGAGCGUCAUCUAUCAGUGUUGCGACUUUGCAGCGAAAUCGAGCCAACAAGAAGCCAAUGAAACCUGAAAGCAUACAAACAUUGCCACCACUAAGCAAUAUUGAUCCAGAACAAAGCGCAACAUCCAACAGCAGCAGCAAACCAAGCACCGGCCUCAGUAAAAUGCUGACUCGAGGGAGAUCCAUGUCAUUCAGCUGGAGUCGAUUGACCAACGUCAAGGGAAAGUACGCCUUGUCUGGAUCUCCACUGAACCUAGAGAAGCCACUGAAAGCGACCAAAUAUGCAGACAGUACGUGCAGUGCAACCAACCAGAGCCGUCAGGAUGUAUCAAGUGUUGGUGACGGUGGUGGUGGUGGUGCUGGCCAAACACAAUCAAGAGCCAUGGGCGACGCCCCUCAUCAAGACCCCAUCCCCAUGGUGGACAUGGAUGUGGAUCAUCAUAGCAUCGAUAUACCUGAAGAACCUGAACUCUCAUGCUACCCAAAAGAGCUAUCGCCUCGACCUCGUUCUCAAUACAAAAAACCGCGUACCAUCUCCAAAUCGCUCAUGCAAGAAAGACGAGAAUCCACUGCCUCCGUCUCGCCCAAUAGCAGCCAUGUCAUGACUAAAGCUGCUAACAGACUCAGUAAGCGAAAGCAGCAGAAUCGACGCAGUUCUAUCAUUUCAGACAAGGAGCAAUCCUUGUAUUUGAACGAGCUGUUUUAUGGUGCCACAUCUGCCUAUCAGCAAAUACGGGAUUUAGAGAAGGUUACGCUCAAGCACGAUUCCAUGCAGUCAGAGCUGUCUCGCUUUGAAUCCGACAAGAAAUCACCAGACAUCAAGCGCAUCUCUGACUUGUCCAUGGAUCAGCAGGAAGGGUUUGCUCAAGGCCACACUUCCAUCGAGUUCAUUUCCAACUGGCAGGAAAGCAAUAUCAAUGACGACUCGAACCGCAUCAUGGACAUUUCUGAGCCAUGGGAUUUACGACAACAACUCAAGCAGCAAUUUGAGUUAGCAGACGAUAUUGCACACAUGUAA